AUGUUAUCAGACUUAUUUCCAUUUUAUAAGGAUAAAAAGGAUAAUUCUUAUAUGUUGUUUGGAAAAUAGAAUAAUAAAGAUCAUGCUGAUAUGUUUACUAUAUUUAGAACUUAAUUAAAACAUUAAUUCAGAAAUAUCAUCAAUCAUUUUCUGAAUAAGUUGCAAUUGAAAUAGGAUGCUGAAUUAAUUAUAAAACAGAAUUUAAGCAGUUUUUAUAUAUGGAAAAAUCAAAAUUAAGAAGUAGAAGUAUAUUACAUAGAUGAAGUAUUAACUUCAGAAAUAAAAUAUAAAAAUUAAAUUUAAGAUGAUACAUAUAAAUAAUUUUAUGGAAUAUUGUUGAGUUUAAGUAAUUUGAACAUUUAAGAUGUUUAAUAAUAGAUUACAACAGCUAAUUUUUAUAAGGAAAUUGAUUAGUUGUAUCAUAAUAUUGCUAUGGUUAUAUAGAAAUAAUUAAAAAUAGGAAAUACAGACUAAUAAUUUACAGCAUUAAGAAUUUAAACUAGAAACACUUUCAUUUUAAGACCAAGUGGAGACAUGUAAUUAAUUGAUAUUAAAUAGAAUUAAAUUACCAAAAAUAAAUAAUGAUAUUUACAAUUUCUUUCAUACUAAUAUUUACAUAUCCACUAGAAUUCCAUUUUGUAAUCCUGUUCAAGGUGAAAUAGAUUAAAAAGUUUUUAAAUAUAUAGGAUCAAUAGAUUAAUAAACUUAUUUACCUAAUGGAUAAGGAAUAUUAGAUUGUGAAGGAGCAUUUUAAUUUAAGUGUAAAUUUAUAGAUGGAUUAGCAACAGGUAAAGGUAUUUUAGAUUUAAAAUUGUAAAAAUAAAAAUUUGAAGGUAAUUUUUAGUAUGGACUAAAACAUGGAAAAUCAAUAACAACAAAUCCAAAUUAAACUAUUACUAUAGGAUAUUAUUAGAAUAAUAUGAAAUAAGGAUUAUUCGUAACCAAAAAGUAGAAUGGAUCUUUAUUAUAGGAAACCUAUUUUUAAAAUGAUUAAAUAGUUAAAAAGUAUGAUUAUAUAUUUGAUGAAAAUAUGAUGUCUACAAGAUAUUUAGUUAAUCAUAAAGAUGUAUCUAUUAAUAAUCAUUUUUUUGCUGGAUUAACAGAGGACAAAUGGAUAAAUUAAUUAUUAGUAGAUUAUUAUUUAUAUCUCUUGACUGAUUAUUAUAAAAAUAUAUCUGGUGAAUAGAUUUAUCUAUUUAAUACAACUUAAUCAUAAGACUUAUUUACAAGUUAAAUCAGUAAAUUAGAUCAUAAAAGUGUAAAAUUAUAAUCGAAGUAUGAAUAUAUUAUUAAUGAAUACUAAAAGUAUAACAAGAUAAUAUUUAUUUUGAAUGCUGAUUAAGCACAUUUUUUAGUUGUAGUAUACUAAAAUAAAUCUUUAUUUAUGCUUAACUCCUAUGUUAAUUAAAAUGAUAAAAAAAUAUUAUCUAUAAUAGCUUCUAUAUUUCCUAUCUAACUCAAUUUAUAAUAUGUUGAAGUUGAAUAACAAAAGAAUACUUAUGAUUGUUCUUUGUAUUCAAUUUAUAAUGUUAUGAUGUAAUAUAAAUAUUAUAAUGUGGAUGUUGAUAAGAUUGAUUAUAGAGUUUCAUUUAAGUACAUUAAAAAAUUGAGAUUACAUUUAAAAAAUAUCAUAAGCAAUGAUUAUGCCCAUAUAAUCCUUUAUUAAGAUUGA